CGCGUUCUCGCCACAGAAUUCCCGGCUCAUUUCAGCGCGCGCUCGAGCAGACACGGGAACGGCGCUCGACGGAUUAGCACAGAAAUCACAGGCAAAACAUCUUUACCGCGGUUAAACUGACGAGGACGAGCAACGGAAGCGGUUACAAAUAUAUAUGAAUGGUCUUUGAAAGUAUCCCAAUGUCUCAGCCUGGAUGGACAAGUGAAGCAUUGAAGUAAAGAGGAUUUAUUAGUUGACAUGAGUUUGGGAGACGCUGCGGUCAGAACUCCUGCAGGAAGGAGAAUGAAGGCCAGAGCCCCCCCUCCACCUCGACCCCCUCAGCCCGCUCCUCGAAAGGUCUAUCGUAAUGCUGUGCCUGAUGGAGGAGGAUCUUCUGUUGGAGACAGCAAGGAAAACAUUCUUCAGUCCAGCGUGGAUCUCCACAUCACUCUGCCUACAGGGUACCAGACCACCAUCAUUGUGGACGGCAGAAAAGCUCUGAUGGAUCUGUUGGUGGAUCUUUGCAGUCAGUACCAUUUAAAUCCAUCAUAUCACACCCUAGAGCUGCUGUCACCUGAUGCUCAACCUGUCAGCUUUAAGCCCAACGCCCUGCUUGGUGCCCUGGACGUCUCCUGCGCCCUGAUCAAAGAACGAGUCUUUGAGGACAAAGUGAUACGGAAACCUCCACCCAAAGUGCCAGAGAAAACUGUUCGUGUGGUGGUGAACUAUCAUCGCAAUCAGAAGGCUGUGGUUCGAGUAAAUCCAUUGGUCCCCCUGCGUACCCUGGUGCCUGUGAUCUGUCAGAAGUGCGAUUUUGAUCCGGCCUGCGUACUGCUGCUCAGAGACAAUAUCAGCAACCACCAGCUGGACUUAGACAAAUCCUUGAGUGAUCUGGAAAUCAAGGAACUCUAUGUCCUGGACCAGACACUAGUUCUCCGGCCUAAAAUGGCUUUGACACCUGGCCUGAGCUACUCAGCAGAUUCUCUUCACUCCAGUCAAAGUCUGAGUGGCUCAGACAAGAAGGGACUACUGGGAUUUCUGAGAUUUAAUCGCAGGAAAUCAAAGACUGGAGAUCAGUCCUCUGAGGACAUGGACAGUCUUGAUGGUGAGAGUGUUGUUGACAAUGCAGAUACUAAUAUGAAUGGUGUGUCAUCGGUGGCAAGCGGCCCAUGUAUAGAGACCCGUCCAAGCACUUUGGGUCAGUCUCAGUCUGCGAUGAACAUCUCCAGAAUGUCCCCAAAAGUGGAGUUAAAGAAACGCCAGGCUCCAGCACCCCCGCCAGCACCCACACAGAUGACAACAUCACAGUUAAAGAAGCGCAAGGCUCCAGCACCGCCGCCCACCCCGACCCCCAGUACACCUGAGCCAGUUUGCUCGACACUAUUGUAUGAGGCGCCCAUGCGGGCCCCCAGGAUCCCUGUGCCGGCAGAAAGGACCCUGGUGGCAGUCACCACAACUUCAGCCGACGACUCCGUGUCUGAUCUGAGUCACAGUAUUGAGGAUUCAGAACCGGCCGGGUCCAUCUGCAGUAGCUCCAGUGGUGAUGAUGCAGCUGCAGGUUCCAGCUGCAGCAGUCUUGCUGAGGAACCUGUGGCACAUCGGGUUCAGGUGAUAGCUGAGUACACCCCAUCUAAACCACAGGCUGAACCUGUGCCUAAACACAAAGAAGAACCAUCACCCAAAAUCACGAGAGAAGAGGAACCUGGUCCCAGUCCCACACUGGAAGAGACUGCAGUGAGGGAGCUCAAAAUGGAGGAGAUGGAGAAUAACCGCAAUAGUGGAAUAGCCUGGUUGCAUUCAGCUCAUAAGUCUGAGUCAGAGAGGGUAAAAGAUCAGGAAGUGGAAACGAUGUCUGUGGGCAGCUGUGAGAGCUUUGCAGACCAAGGCUACGCAGCAUCAGAGGGCAUGGCUGAAGAGCCGAAUCCGGUUUCUCUCUCAGAAACGAUCCAGUCCGCAUCACCUGUAAGCAUCGUCUCUCUGAAUGGUGGCUCAGAUGUGCCUGUGAAGCAGUCUAAAGACUCUUCCAGUGACAGCGAUGAAGGCUGUGCCACCUGGGGCUCCAGACACAGUACUGGGAAUAUACAGCGAGGACAUCAGCCAAUCAAGAGACAGAACAGUUAUGAGGAGGAUCCAGAGAUCACAGCUCAGAUACACCUGACCUUAGCCGCUUUAGAUGCAAAUCUAGCUGACAUGAAUCAGUCAGAUGGAGGAUCUAUGUUUGUGGAUGAUGAAAUCCCAGUGUCUGUUGUCGACAUGGACAUUCCAGUUACAACUAUCGAUGAAGUUCCUACUGACGACACAUACAGCAAGAAGGAGCAUUUGGUGCCAGCAUCAGCCAGAACUUCAAACAUUACCAAACAAUCACGCACACUAUAUGAGGCUAUUCAAAACAAAAACAACAAUGCCAGUCUGACAGCGAAGAACGUGAGUCCAUCUUCAGGCAUUCAGAAGCAGUUACAAGAUCCUAAGCUUACGAAAAACAUGAGUCCGUCUCCAGACAACCAGAAGCAGUUGCAAGAGCCGAAAAUCACAGACAUUAAAAAAAUUGUGAGUCCACCUCCAGACAACCAAAAGCAGUUGCAAGAGCCUAAGCCCAGUGACAAUAAGGAACAGAAGUUUGCCUUGAACCAUGACACUAAGGGUAAAGCUAAAACUGAAGGACCAAAUGGUCAGAAUAACACUGUAUCUCAAAAGCCGCAAAGUCAAGUUGUGCGUCAAACUGUUCAAAGCAUUCAGAAGGUUUCUGAUGACAAACUAAAAUCCUUACCUGUGGUCCGAAAGCUUAGCACAGAGACUGUUAAUGAAGAAAGGAUGCCUGUUAACACAAUGCACGGUAAGAUCACCCAGAGCUCGGUCUCACGGUUUGGAAUGAAAACUUUUGUAGUGGUCCCUCCCAAACCGACUGUGUCCCAGACUCAAAAGCCUGCAGGUUCUCUAGUUGUGGGUGCCAUUAAGAUCGACGAACAAGGAAACAUGGUUACACGAAGACAGAUUAACACUACCUCAGAGAAACACGGCAGACAUGAAGAGGUCACUAAUGUGAAGACAGAAUCCACCCCAGGACAAGCCAAAGCUUUCUGGAACUUGGCAGAGAAACAAGAACAAGACCAAUCAACGAUGGCCAACCAAGGACCCACGGUGAAGAACAGAGAUACUAAUGGUUUCAAGCCCUCAUCUGUAUCUGCACCCUUUAAACUUUCAGAGAAAUCACACAUUGAGGAAACACCCAAAGAGGUGAUUAUAUUAGAAAGGAAAUCCAUACCUGUGGUGGCAAAUAAGCCUUCAUUUCUAGACCCUGUGGAAAAUCCAGGUGAAGGUCGAGAUCUCUCUUUUCUGAAACCUUCCAGAAGAACAUCCAGCCAAUAUGUAGCUUCUGCCAUUGCUAAAAACAGUAGCAUUCCCAAUGCUAAAAUACAUACAAUUCAGGAGCCACCUGAGUCUGUGGGUAAGGUUCAAAAACUACCUUUCAAUCAACCGUUCAAGAAUGAGGGUAAACCUCCUAACACACCUUCCGUGGGUUUGUACAAACCUGCAACCACCUUAAAACCAACAGAACGUUCAACGACGACUUUUGCAGGGCCUACACGCUCGCAAAGUAACCCCAGUUAUGUUGCAGAAAAGGUGGUGAUUUCGGAAAACUUCAGCAGUGUUAAAGAAGAAACAUUUCUUGGAGUAGACAAAACCAAAUCAUUGGACUUACAUUCUACAAAUAAAGUACAGUCUUUAACACAAAAAUCUGCUCACAUUAAACCCAUUAAAUCCUUCUCUGAAGAAGCCACAUCCAUCAGCAAAUUCCCAGACACCUCCUUUCCUCGACAGAUGCCAACAGACUCCACACGUCCACCGCUAGGGAAUAAGUCGGAAGUACACAAAUCUGAGCCUUCGUCAGAACCCAACCAGGGUAACAUGUUCGGAUCAGUUAAGAAGUUUAAACCUGUUAUUUUCAAGCCUGUCCAGAAGGACGCUUCUCUUCAUAGUUCACUAAUGGAGGCCAUUCAGUCUGGAGAGGGGAUUGAACGCCUUAAAAAGGUAUCUCCUUCUAGCAAUAGCACUAUUAAGAAGCCGUCAUUUGGUGAUGCCGAGAAUGAGCACUCAGCACUUCUGUCUGCAAUAAGAGCUUCAACCAACACUUCCAGACUGAAGAAGACCAAAUCUGAAGCUGCUAAGGAGCUGGAGCAAUUCAGGACGACUGAGGAGGACAGAAACAUCCAGAAAGAUAAUAUCUCACCUCCUCCCACCUCUCCUCCUGCUUUUGUGCCACCCCCACCUCCAGCCUUUUGUCCUCCCCCACCUCCAUCCAAGCCGCCUCUAGUGUUGCCUGCCGGGGGGAACCCAGAGGCGACCCGUGAGGCUCUUCUGGAGGCCAUUCGCUCCGGCUCAGGAGCCCAGCGUUUGAGGAAGGUCCCUGCAACACAGACAAGGAGGAAAGUAAACGGAAAGCUUGGCACUGUUCAGGCAACAUCGGCACUUUCUCACGGACACUAGAAACUUUCGCUGGAUCGCCGUUUGGGUUUCCAGGAACCCAGAGCCAAAUCUGGUGUUGUAUCAUUUAUGCUAAUGCUGUUGCAGAUAAUGCUAACACAGCCUUCUUUAUUUAAAGUGAUAUGCUGCUUCAAUGCCGUGCCAAUAAUUAUUUGCUUAGUUUUAGGCACUUUAUGUUCUGCUACUGGCAUUUUGAUGAUGAUAUUGCAGUUCUUUGCUACCGCUGCUUGGCACUCGAUAUUGCUUUUUCAUGCAUGUCUGCCUGACUACUACUGUAUAUCUUUAUCAGUAUUUUACCUGAAUAUAUUAUGCAGGUAUUUUCUGUUGUAUCACAGUAUAAGGUGGUUUGCUGCACAAUUCAAUCCACCUGCCAAUCACAAGGAUAUUUGGCAAUGUGCUGGUGUUUUUUUAAGCUACAGUAGAUGGUUAGUGUCACAGUUCAAGGUUUGUUAUUAUGUUAUAUUUCUUUAUACUUUUCAUCCCAGUGCUUUCAGAAUGAGUAUACGAUAUUCCACUAGUUAUAAUAAUAGUAGACUGUAAACUACAGACAGAUGAUCUAAAUAGUUGAGGCAUUACAGAUACAUAUGCCAAUACUUUCAAAUCAUUCUGUAAGACAUUACUGUAUUUUGAAAACAGUUUUUUUGCCUUAUAGAUAGUGUAUGAUAUGAUUAGACAUCAUUAAAAUGUAAUCAAUGCCUAUUCAGUAAGCUGCUGAACCGUGCUCUGAAGCUGGUAUGUGCUUCAGCUUUACUUUAUGCCAUUGGAGAAUCGUACACUACAACACAGAAAAUUGUUUAAUAUAUUUACACAGGUUGUACAUCUUUUUGUUGUUAUUUAGUACUUUAGACUAUAUGAGAGAUCUUUAUGGUUGUAAUAUUGAAUUUAUUACAUGUGUAUACAAAAGCUAAAAGUUGUAUAUUUUUAAAAGUUUACUUUAAACUAAUAUAAUGUUCACUAUACUGUCACAAUAUAGCGAGAGAUUUUUUUAUGAUUUUUGUAAUGUAAAAAUUCAAAGUUGUUUUUGCUUUUGUGAUUGCAGCUCUAAUUGAUUCCAAGUUGUAAAUCAAUAAACUAUUUUUAGUUUACAAAAUGUU